UAUAUAUAUAUAUAUAUGUAUGUGUGUGUGUAUGUAUGUGUGGAAACGGGAGAAAUCAUACAAUACAAUAGUUCUGUGAUUAGUCCUAUUUAUGAAAUUAUAAAAUUAAUUGAAAUAAGAACUCAAAAAAUGAAAUUAGAAUCUAGAAGUACAAUUUCAUUUUAAAUAAUUAAUAAAAGUAAAAAGAAAUUUGCUAGAAUCAUACGACGCAGUAAACAAUAAUUACAUAUGUCAUACAUACCCUCAAUCUUUUAAUUGUUGAAAUCUGUAUUUGGAAAUUGUACUUCGAAAUUUUUUAAAUAGAUAUGAAAUCGUGAUUAUAUAAUUAAUAUAAUAAUAUUGAUAUUAAAAUCAUAAAGUAAUAUAUUUAUAGCAUAAAAUGGGAAAUAAAUCUAGUCUUCUUUUACGUGAAGAAGAAAUAGCUCAAAUUCAAGAAGCAACAGGAUUUACUCCAAAUCAAAUUGAACGUUUGUAUAGUCGAUUUACUAGUCUGGACCGUGGAGACUGUGGUACAUUAAGUCGAGAAGAUUUUCUCAGAAUUCCUGAACUUGCAAUAAAUCCUCUUGGUGAAAGAAUAGUGAACGCCUUUUUUGAUGAAAGUGUUGCUUUUAAAAUGUACGAUUUGGAUAAUGAUGACUUAAUAUCUAAAGAUGAAUUAUUGGCUAUUUUGCAUAUGAUGGUUGGAGCUAAUAUUAGUGAGGAACAACUCACCAGCAUUGCAGAACGUACGAUUCUUGAAGCUGAUGAAAAUGGAGAUGGUAUGAUAUCUUUGGAAGAAUUUUGCAAGGUACUGGAACGAACAGAUGUUGAACAAAAAAUGUCUAUAAGAUUUCUUAGCUAAAUUUAUUACUAUAUAUUCUAAAAGAUUUUCUUUGUUAAUAAUGUUAAAAAUAUGAAAA